GUCUGGGAGGAACCGGGACCGAGAGGUGGACGGAGAGAGACUGCCUGCUUGCUGUAGUCUCAGAGUCGCUUUGGCUGCAGCCGAGUCGGUGUCACAAUGAGUAUGUACGGGUCUCAGAAGGCCCUGAACAUGGGCCGCAGGAACGGGUCCAAAGGAGACUUGAGCGGGAUGCAGCAGUACGCACGGAGCGAGGUGGUGCACAUGGGAGGCGGUAACGGAUACGAACCUUACCUGGACGGAUACAACACCUACAACUUCUCAAAGUCCUCUGGAGGCGGCAUGGGAGAAAUGUCGAGCAGCAUGAUGAGACAAAUGUCGAGCGGUAUGGGAGGCGGCAUGAUGAGACAAAUGUCGAGCGGCGGCAUGAUGAGAGAAAUGUCGAGCGGCAUGGGAGGCGGCGGAACGAUGACCAGGAUGUCGAGCGGUGGAGGAGGCGGCGGAAUGGGAGAAAUGUCCAGCAGCAUGAUGAGAGAAGUGUCGAGCGGCAUGGGAGGCGGCAUGAUGACCAGUGUGGAUGGCGGCAUGAUGAGCGGCAUGGGAGGCGGCAUGAGUGGCUCCAGCACCAUCCACCAGAGGGCUAUGAUCCUGCAGGCCCAGUGCCAGGAGUACCUGAAGAAAGCCGAAUACGCCCUUCAGUCUGGCGGCGCCUCCGGUGACGCGGAGCGCUACAUGUCAAUGGCUAAAGAGACCAUUGAGCAGCUGAAGGGCUACGCGAUGGACCUGAGACAAAUGGGACAGCCCAAUGACAACGUAGUCAGGACUUUGGAGAUAUGUAAAGACCAGCUGAAGGGGGUCCACAUGGUCAUGACCGGCAGCCUGAACAGGAGGAGGAGCACCAGAGGGAGCUCCGGAGGCUGGGAGGAGCCUCCGAGGAGCUUCCAAGACGCUAUGGGCUGGAUUGCACAGCAAAAGCGUCUGAUUGAAACUGCUUCAUGGGGAGACGAUCCUGCUGCCAUCGAGCAGCAGCUCAUCAACCACUCGAACUUUCACAGCUCCAUCCAGAGGAGCGUCGAGGUGGAGCGAGCCAGAGAUGAGCUGAUGAAGAAAGGAGACAAGGGAAAUCUUCACGCUCUGGAUCAGGAGUGGGACAGUCUGCAGCAAAUGUCAUUUGGUCGGACCGAGCAGCUGCAGAACCUCAAGCGGAUCAUUCAGGAUAUGUCCAAAGAGAUCAUGUGGGUGAACGACAGGGAGGAGGAGGAGCUGAUGUUUGACUGGGGAGACAAGAACAUUGACCAGUACAUCCCACGGAAACAGGAGAGCUACUCGAAACUGAUGAGUGCCCUGGAGGAAAAAGAGAAGGACCUGAAUAAACUGAAAGCCAGAGUGGACGGCCUCCUGAAGCUCAACCACCCAGCUUCAGACAAGAUCGAGGCUUACAGGGACACUCUGCAGACUCAGUGGAGUUGGCUCCUUCAAAUCACCAAGUGCAUUGAUGUUCAUCUGAAGGAGAAUGCAGCUUACAACCAGUUCUUCAAAGAGGCCAAUGAGACGUACAGCGGCCUGCAGAAGGAACAUGAGACGGUCCGGAUGAAAUUCGCUUGUGACAAGAACACUUCACUGGAGGACCUGAUGGAGCUCCUUCAGGGACUAGAGAGGGAGAAGGAGAAUAUAAUGGAAAACAAGAGGCAGGUUCAUCAUCUGGUCAACAAGUCCAGGACCAUUGUGAGACUGAAACCCAGAAACCCUGAAGAGAAGAGCAGCACCCCCGUCAUCGUCAAAGCUCUGUGUGACUACAAACAAGACCAGAAGGUGAUCUGUAAGGAGAAUGAGGCGAUCCUAAAGGACAACAGUCAACGCAGUAAGUGGGACGUUACCGGCCCGGGAGGACUGGAUAUGUUGGUGCCCUCCGUGUGCCUGAUCGUACCACCUCCCAACCCACUCGGCAUCAGUAUGGCCAACAAGAACGAGCAGUACUAUGAGGCCAUCCUGUCAAUCUGGAGUCAGUUGUACAUCAAUGUUAAGAGUCUCAUCGCCUGGCAGUACUGCCUCAUUGAUAUCAGGAAAAUCAACUCCCUCACCGUGACCAUGCUGUCCCGCAUGCGUCCCGAGGAAUACCGCCAACUCAUCAAGAGCCUGGAGUCUCGCUACGAGGAGUUCAAAAUGACCAGCCACGGCUCCCAGAUGUUUGCUGACGAGGACAAGAAGAUGAUUGAGAACCAGGUCACCGGAGCCCAGACCCACUAUGACCAGAUCGUGGUGGAGCUGCCUACUUACAUUGCUCAACAGGAACACAUAGAAGUACAGCAAGCGUCCGGCCAGCAAUACCAACAGCAGCUGAUCCUAGUACAGCAAGCGUCCAACCAGCAACACCAACAGCAGCUGAUUCUAUUACAGCAGCAGCAGCAACAACAAGCUGCCGCCGAAGCCGAGGCCAGGAGGCUCGAAGAGGAGGCCAGGUGGCGCGAAGAGGAGGCCAGGAGGCUCGAAGAGGAGACCAGGAGGCGCGAAGCGGAGGCCAGGAGGCUCGAAGAAGAGACCAGGAGGCGCGAAGCGGAGACCAGGAGGCUCGAAGAAGAAAGACGAAGAGCGGAGCUGAAAAGAGCAAAGAAAACGGAAGUGAAGUUGGUGAAGAAGGUGAAGGUGGUCACUUCUUCUGCUGCCCCUCCUGUCUCCUCCCACUCCUUCUCCUCCUCCUCCACCUCCACCUCCUCAUCCUCAUCCUCCCGCAGCUUAACUGAGCUGCAUGCGCUCAGACUCAGGCUGGAGGCCUCCGAGGGCACGCUGAGUCAGCACGUUCACAUCUGCCUCGGAGACGACUGGAUGCACGACUGUGGCCUCAAGAUAUCUGAGCUAGAGAUGCUUCUGCGUAAUGUCGACUCGAUGCGUGAGGAGCACUUGCGUCUGAGGGAGCAUAUCUUGAAGGAGCUGGAGGGCAUGAAUGAUUCAGAUAAAGCCCAGUUCCUCCGCAACGAGGUUGAAGUCAUCAACCAGAGGCUGGGUAGUCUGGAGAGCAGCUCAUCAGCUUACCUGGACCGGCUGAAGGCUCUAAGGGACAUGCUGGAGAGUGUGGAACAAGCCGAAGACAUAGUGAAAGUCCACGAGGCGAGACUGGUGGAGAAAGAGACCACCUCUCUGUCGCCCAACGAAGUGGAGGAAUACAUGUUGACCCUGAAGAAUGUUAAAGCGGAGCUGGAUCUGAAGAGGGGUAUUCUGGCCACCAUGGAGACGGAGCUAGCCAAGGCCAACCACUGGAGCGGCCAGCUGGGCGGGCCCUUCCAGAGGUGUGACAUGAUGCUGUCCAAAUACUCUGAGCAGGUGGUUCUGCUGUCAGACCGCUGGAGACGACUCCUAGGGCAGAUUGACACCAGAGUCCAGGAUUUGCAGUCGUACCAGCCUCAGCUGGAGCACUACAAGCAAACCAGCACCUCCCUUAUUGACUGGAUUGAUGCCACACGGACAAAACAAGACACCCUGCAGGCCACCAAGAUAGAGAGCAUCCAAACACUGAUGGACCAAAUUAACAACCAGAAGGCCCUGAACUCUGAAAUCAAAUCGAGGAGGGAGACAGUAGAGAGCGUGCUGAGGGACAAUGAGGCCUGUGUGAUUUCUAUCAAGGAUUAUGAAACGGACCUGGCCUCUUACACCUCUGGUUUAGAGACGUUGCUCAACAUCCCCAUCAAAAGGACAAUGCUGAAGUCGCCGUCGAUGGACCUAAAUUUGGAAGCUACACAACUGCAAACCCGUUACAUGGAGUUGCUCACACAUUCUGGUGACUACUACAAAUUCCUGGGAGAGCUGCUAAAAAACAUGGAGGAGCUCAAGAUUCGUAACACCAGGAUUGACCUGUUAGAGGAAGAACUUCGCCUGCUGAGGGAGGGCAUGCGAGACCGCGACUCCAAGAAUAAAUCUCUAGAAGAGUCUGUUUCCCGUUAUGAGCUGGAGUUGUCCGACUCGCGGGACAAGCUGCUGUCGAUUGAGGAGGUGAAGCAAACCGCUACGCUGCAGUGCAGUGCCACUAUGGACAGCCUGGACAGCACUCAGAGCCAGCUGGCAGACCUCAACGAUGAGGUGACACGUCUCAACUACUUGCUUGAGGAAGAGAAGAGGAAGAGGAGGCUGGCAGAGGAGCGCUACACUACGCAGCAGGAGGAGUACGAGCUGGUGCUGAGGAAGAGGCAGAAGGAGCUGGACACGGUCAGCUGGUCCAAGGUGGAGAUUGAGAAGAGUGUGACAAACAAGGAUCACGAGAUUGAACAGCUGCGGCGGCAGCUGGCUGAGGAGGCGGCGAGGAUCAGGGAGCUACAGAAGGAGAUGUCAAAGGUAAGGAGCCAAUGCAGUAUGGAGAUCAAUAACUUAAAGCUCAGCUACGAAUCCCAGAUCCACGUCAGCUGCACAGACAUGCAGAGGCUGGCAGCCCAGAGGGAGGAGGAUACCGUUGAUGUCCAGCUGCGGUAUGACAGGAUGGAGGCAGAGAGGAGGAAUCUGGAGGAGGAGCUCAGGAAGCUCAGGAUGUCUCUGAGCCAGGCUGAGGAACAAAGGAACAGGGCAGAAGAAGAAGCUCACAGUCAGCGUGCUGUCAUCACAGAGGAAGGGCGCAGGAGGAGAGAACUGGAGAGUCAGGUGGAGGUGCUGAUUAGGCAGAGAGACGAGGAACGCAGCCAGUAUGCAGAGGAGCUGGCUGAAGUCAUGAAGAGGCUGCAGGAGAAGAGUGACGAGCUGGCCUACAUUACACACAGCCUGGAGGAAGAGACCCGCAGGAGGAGAACUAUAGAGGAAGGGCAGGAUGUGUUCGAACAGACUCUGGCCCAGCUGCAGGUGAAGCUAACCAGUUCAUCAGUGGCUGCAACCCAGCUGGGGGAGUGCGAGGAAGAGCUCCAGAAGAUACGUAUGGAGCUUGAGAGGGAGAGCAGGGAGCGAAGCAGAGUAGAGCAGAACAUGAGCAGGCUACAGAGUCGCAUGAAGGACCUUCAGGAUGUGAGAGGUGGGCUGGAGAGCCAAGUGGAGAAUCUGAGGAGGGCCAACCAAGAGGAAGUGUCCAGAAGAAGGCAGGUAGAAACAGAGCUGGAAAACACCACCAAGGCCAUGACUGAGUACAUCAGCACCGUUACCACUCUAAGCCAGAGCCAAGAGCACGCCAGCAUGUCAGAAAAGAGAGGUGAAGAAGAGCGCCUUAGGUUGCAGGAGGAGCUGGAGAGAAGCUCGAGACAAAACAAGACCUCUGCAGAGCGCAUGACUCAGCUGAGCGCCGAGCUGAAGGCCCUGCAGCAACAGCUCCUCCAGGAGCAGGCAGGAGGCAAAGAGGCAAACCUCAGGAAUGAGGGCCUUUACAGAACUAUAGAGGAGAAGAGUAAGGCCCUGAAUGAGCGCUCUGGUGAGCUUCAAAGGCUGAAGGAGAUGGCAGAAAGCCAGACCAAAGAAAGGCUGAGGCUGGAGGAGGAACUAAGCGCAGCACGACAUGAUAAAGCGGAACUCCUGAGAUCCAAACAGGGAAGUGAUGAUGAGCUCUCCUCCCAGAUUACAGCCCUGCAACUGCAGCUUCAAGCCAGUGAGCGCAGCAAUGUAGAUUACCGCAACCUGGCCUCAGAGCUCUCCUCGGAGAGGGAGAAACUCAAGCUGGAGACUGAGAAAAUACAAAAGCAGGCCACCGAGACAACCACCAUGAUGCAAUCCAUUCAGUCCCAGUACAAUGAGAUUGUGAAUGAGAGAGAUGCUCUUUUGCUGAGACUGCAAUUGUCAGAUAAGGACAAAGAUCGCUACCAAAGGCUAGAGGACGAACUCAGUCGCAUUAAAUUGUCCCAAGACUCUGAGCUUCGCAGUAAGCAACGUAUACAGGAUGAGAACGAGAGGGCGAAGAGGGAUUCAGAUUACUGGAAGGACCAGUUUGAUAGUAAGCAGGUCCUGAUCAGGCAAUAUGAAACAGACAAGGAACGUCUGGAGAGGGAAAAGAACUCUCUGAAAAGUGAGCUAGAGAGGCUGAUGAGGGAUCUGAGGGAGCUUGAUGAGACAUAUAAAAUCAGGCUGUCAGAUAUGCAGAAAGAACUGCGAGAGGUGGCUGUUGUCAGAAAAACCAUGGAAACUGAGCUGAUGAGAGUUAGAGAGCCCCCAACCUUGGAUCCUUCCACUUUGGUCUUUGAUGGAGUCCGUAAGCCAGUCACAGCAAACCAGUUGGUUGACUGUGGUGUUUUGGACAAACCAACACUUAGCCAGCUUGUGAAGGGGCAUAAGACUGUGCCUGAUGUCUCUGUCGACAAAAAAGUCAGUCUCAAAGGGACAGGCCCAAUAGCCGGGGUGGUAAUUCAAGGUCCGAAAGGUCCAGGGUCUUUUACAGGCCCCUUAUGCAAAAUGACUUUCACCGAAGCAAAGAAAGAGAAUCUGCUACCACCAGAUAGCGUAGACCUACUACUGGAUGCUCAGGCUGCCACAGGCCACAUAAUUGACCCAAGAACUAAUAGGAAGUUGACAGUUGAAGAGGCAUGUGAUCAAGGUGUGGUUGAUGAAGAGGACAGAGAGAGGUUGUUGGCAGCAGAAGCUGCAGCUGUAGGAUAUUGUGGUCCUGGCACAAACAAACCCCUUUCAGUAUUUCAGGCUAUGACGAAAGGACUGAUUGACAAGAACACAACACUGCGUCUGCUACAAGCCCAGGAGUCUGUGGGGGGCAUCCUAGAUCCCAUACUCAGUGUGUUCCUUCCUAAAGACACAGCCAUUGAGCGUAACCUAAUUAAUGAUGACAUAUAUCAUGCUCUGAGUCGGAGGCCUGAGCUCUACCUGGACCCCGAAAGUGAAGAUGGUGUAACCUAUAUGUCAAUGAAGAGGAAAUGUAAGGUAGAGCCACACACAGGCCUUCUGCUUCUUCCGAUCCCUGAGAAGGUAGACCCCUCCAAAAUUGUCUUUGAUGGUGUUCGGAAACCUGUCACAGCCAAGCAGCUCCUUGAUUGUGGUGUCCUGGACAAGCCAACAUUUAAAGAUCUAGAAAAGGGGAAGAAAAAUGUCCCAGAGGUGUCUGUAGACAAACAUGUUAAUCUGAAGGGGACUGGACCCAUUGCUGGGGUGGUAGUCGGACGUGAAGGAAAAAUGUCUUUCUCAGAAGCCAAGAAACGGAUGCUCUUGCCCCCAGAUAGUGCAGAUUUGCUACUGGAAGCCCAGGCUGCCACAGGUCACAUCAUUGACCCCAGAAACAAUCAGAAGCUGACAGUAGAUGAGGCAUGUGACAGAGGAGUGGUGGAUAUUAAGGAUCGAGACAGAUUAUUGGAAGCUGAAGCUGCUGCUGUGGGAUACAAGGAUUUUAGUGCAGCCAAGCCUCUCUCAGUGUUUGAGGCCAUGAAGAAGGAACUAAUUGACAGGAAGACUGGGCUACGCCUGCUGCAGGCCCAGGAGUCUGUGGGAGGUAUUCUAGAUCCCAAUCUCAGUGUGUUCCUUCCCAAAAAUACAGCUAUUAAGCGCAACCUUUUGGAUGAAAACCUCCGUCAAGCUCUAAACCAGAGUCCUGAGUGUUACUGUGACCCAGAAACUGAGCGUGAUGCCAGCUAUGGAGCAUUGAAGAAAAGAUGCAAGACAGAGCCUCACACAGGUCUGCUACUUUUGCCAAUCACUGAGAAGCUAGACCCUUCCAAACUGAUCUUUGAUGGUGUUCGUAAGCCAGUAACAGCACAGCAGUUGCUUGAUUGUGGGGUCCUGGACAAACCAACAUUUAACCAACUAAUGAAGGGAGAGAAAACUGUCCCACAGGUGUCUGUGGAUAAGAAGGUCUUUCUAAAGGGGACAGGAUCGAUUUCUGGCGUGGCAGCUGGACCUUUAGGGAAAAUGUCUUUCUCAGAGGCCAAAAAACAGAUGCUCAUGCCUGCGGAAAGUGCCGAUUUGCUACUGGAUGCUCAGGCUGCCACAGGACACAUCAUUGACCCCACAACCAAUCAGAAGCUAACAGUAGAGGAGGCAUGUGCCAGAAGAGUGGUGGAAAAUAGGGAUCGAGAUAGACUCCUGGCAGCAGAAGCCGCUGCUGUGGGUUACCGGGACCCAAGCACAGCUAAGCCUCUUUCAGUGUUUGAGGCAAUGAAAAAGGGAUUAAUUGACAGGAAGACUGGGCUACGGCUGCUGCAGGCCCAGGAGUCUGCCGGGGGCAUUCUAGAUCCCAAUCUCAGUGUUUUCCUCCCCAAAGACACAGCUAUAAAGCGCAACCUUUUGGAUGAGGACCUCCGUCAAGCUCUAAACCAGAGUCCUGGGUGCUACAUUGACCCAGACACUGAACGUGAUACCAGCUAUGGGGCUUUAAAGAAGAGAAGCAAAACAGAGUCUCACACAGGCCUGAUACUUCUGCCAAUCAAUGAGAGGAAAGACCCUUCCAAACUGAUCUUUGAUGGUGUUCGUAAGCCAGUAACAGCACAGCAGUUGUUUGAAUGUGGAGUCCUUGACAAGCCAACAUUUGACCAAUUAGUGAAAGGCGAGAAAACUGUCCCAGCAGUGUCUACGGAAAAGACAGUCUAUCUAAAGGGGACUGGACCCAUUGCUGGGGUAGUAGUCGGACGUGAAGGAAAAAUGUCUUUCUCAGAAGCCAAGAAACGGAUGCUCUUGCCCCCAGAUAGUGCAGAUUUGCUACUAGAAGCCCAGGCUGCCACAGGCCACAUCCUUGACCCUGAAGCUAAUCAGAAGCUGACAGUAGAGGACGCAUGUGCCAAAGGAGUAGUGGACAUUAGGGAUCGAGACAGAUUAUUGGCAGCAGAGGCUGCUGCUGUUGGCUUCAAGGAUCCUAGCGGAGCCAAGCCUCUCUCAGUGUUUGAGGCCAUGAAGAAGGGACUCAUUGAAAGGAAGACUGGGCUACGCCUGCUGCAGGCUCAGGAGUCUGUGGGAGGUAUUCUAGAUCCCAAUCUCAGUGUGUUCCUCCCCAAAGACACAGCUGUAAAGCGCAACCUUUUGGAUGAGGAACUUUGUCAUGCUCUAAACCAGAGUCCUGAGUGUUACGUUGAUCCAGACACCGAGCGUGAUACCAGCUAUGUGACUUUAAAGAGGAGAAGUAAAACUGAGUCUCACACAGGCCUCAUACUUCUUCCAAUCCCUGAGAAGGUAGACCCCUCCAAACUUGUCUUUGAUGGUGUUCGGAAACCUGUCACAGCCAAGCAGCUCCUUGAUUGUGGUGUCCUGGACAAGCCAACAUUUAAAGAUCUAGAAAAGGGGAAGAAAAAUGUCCCAGAGGUGUCUGUAGACAAAAAUGUUAAUCUGAAGGGAACUGGGCCUAUUGCUGGGGUUGUAGCUGGGAGUCAAGGCAAGAUGUCUUUGUCAGAAGCCAAGAAAAAGGCACUCCUACCUGAAGAUAUUGCAGAUUUGCUACUGGAAGCCCAGGCUGCCACAGGUCACAUCAUCGACCCCAAAAACAAUCAGAAGCUGACAGUAGAUGAGGCAUGUGCCAGAGGAGUGGUGGAUAUUAAGGAUCGAGACAGAUUAUUGGAAGCUGAAGCUGCUGCUGUGGGAUACAAGGAUUUUAGUGCAGCCAAGCCUCUCUCAGUGUUUGAGGCCAUGAAGAAGGAACUAAUUGACAGGAAGACUGGGCUACGCCUGCUGCAGGCCCAGGAGUCUGUGGGAGGUAUUCUAGAUCCCAAUCUCAGUGUGUUCCUUCCCAAAGAUACAGCUAUUAAGCGCAACCUUUUGGAUGAAAACCUCCGUCAAGCUCUAAACCAGAGUCCUGAGUGUUAUCGUGACCCAGAAACUGAGCGUGAUGCCAGCUAUGGGGCAUUGAAGAAAAGAUGCAAGACAGAGCCUCACACAGGUCUGCUACUUUUGCCAAUCACUGAGAAGCUAGACCCUUCCAAACUGAUCUUUGAUGGUGUUCGUAAGCCAGUAACAGCACAGCAGUUGCUUGAUUGUGGGGUCCUGGACAAACCAACAUUUAACCAACUAAUGAAGGGAGAGAAAACUGUCCCACAGGUGUCUGUGGAUAAGAAGGUCUUUCUAAAGGGGACAGGAUCGAUUUCUGGCGUGGCAGCUGGACCUUUAGGGAAAAUGUCUUUAUCAGAGGCCAAGAAACAGAUGCUCAUGCCUGCGGAAAGUGCCGAUUUGCUACUGGAUGCUCAGGCUGCCACAGGACACAUCAUUGACCCCACAACCAAUCAGAAGCUAACAGUAGAGGAGGCAUGUGCCAAAAGAGUGGUGGAAAAUAGGGAUCGAGAUAGACUACUGGCAGCAGAAGCCGCUGCUGUGGGUUACCGGGACCCAAGCACAGCUAAGCCUCUUUCAGUGUUUGAGGCAAUGAAAAAGGGAUUAAUUGACAGGAAGACUGGGCUACGGCUGCUGCAGGCCCAGGAGUCUGCCGGGGGCAUUCUAGAUCCCAAUCUCAGUGUUUUCCUCCCCAAAGACACAGCUAUAAAGCGCAACCUUUUGGAUGAGGACCUCCGUCAAGCUCUAAACCAGAGUCCUGGGUGCUACAUUGACCCAGACACUGAACGUGAUACCAGCUAUGGGGCUUUAAAGAAGAGAAGCAAAACAGAGUCUCACACAGGCCUGAUACUUCUGCCAAUCAAUGAGAGGAAAGACCCUUCCAAACUGAUCUUUGAUGGUGUUCGUAAGCCAGUAACAGCACAGCAGUUGUUUGAAUGUGGAGUCCUUGACAAGCCAACAUUUGACCAAUUAGUGAAAGGCGAGAAAACUGUCCCAGCAGUGUCUACGGAAAAGACAGUCUAUCUAAAGGGGACUGGACCCAUUGCUGGGGUAGUAGUCGGACGUGAAGGAAAAAUGUCUUUCUCAGAAGCCAAGAAACGGAUGCUCUUGCCCCCGGAUAGUGUAGAUUUGCUACUAGAAGCCCAGGCUGCCACAGGCCACAUCGUUGACCCUGAAGCUAAUCAGAAGCUGACAGUAGAGGACGCAUGUGCCAGAGGAGUAGUGGACAUUAGGGAUCGAGACAGAUUAUUGGCAGCAGAGGCUGCUGCUGUUGGCUUCAAGGAUCCUAGCGGAGCCAAGCCUCUCUCAGUGUUUGAGGCCAUGAAGAAGGGACUAAUUGACAGGAAGACUGGGCUACGCCUGCUGCAGGCUCAGGAGUCUAUGGGAGGUAUUCUAGAUCCCAAUCUCAGUGUGUUCCUCCCCAAAGACACAGCUGUAAAGCGCAACCUUUUGGAUGAGGAACUUUGUCAUGCUCUAAACCAGAGUCCUGAGUGUUACAUUGACCCAGACACCGAGCGUGAUACCAGCUAUGGGACUUUAAAGAGGAGAAGUAAAACUGAAUCUCACACAGGCCUCAUACUUCUGCCAAUCACUGAGAAGAAAGACCCCUCCAAACUGAUGUUUGAUGGAAUCCGCAAGCCAGUCUCAGCACAGCAGUUGUUUGAAUGUGGAGUCCUUGACAAGCCAACAUUUGAAGAUCUAGAAAAGGGGAAGAAAAAUGUCCCAGAGGUGUCUGUAGACAAAAAUGUUAAUCUGAAGGGAACUGGGCCUAUUGCUGGGGUCGUAGCUGGGAGUCAAGGCAAAAUGUCUUUGUCAGAAGCCAAGAAAAAGGCACUCCUGCCUGAAGAUAUUGCAGAUUUGCUACUGGAAGCCCAGGCUGCCACAGGUCACAUCAUUGACCCCAGAAACAAUCAGAAGCUGACAGUAGAUGAGGCAUGUGCCAGAGGAGUGGUGGAUAUUAAGGAUCGAGACAGAUUAUUGGAAGCUGAAGCUGCUGCUGUGGGAUACAAGGAUCCUAGCGGAGCCAAGCCUCUCUCAGUGUUUGAGGCCAUGAAGAAGGAACUAAUUGACAGGAAGACUGGGCUACGCCUGCUGCAGGCCCAGGAGUCUGUGGGAGGUAUUCUAGAUCCCAAUCUCAGUGUGUUCCUUCCCAAAGAUACAGCUAUUAAGCGCAACCUUUUGGAUGAAAACCUCCGUCAAGCUCUAAACCAGAGUCCUGAGUGUUACCGUGACCCAGAAACUGAGCGUGAUGCCAGCUAUGGGGCAUUGAAGAAAAGAUGCAAGACAGAGCCUCACACAGGUCUGCUACUUUUGCCAAUCACUGAGAAGCUAGACCCUUCCAAACUGAUCUUUGAUGGUGUUCGUAAGCCAGUAACAGCACAGCAGUUGCUUGAUUGUGGGGUCCUGGACAAACCAACAUUUAACCAACUAAUGAAGGGAGAGAAAACUGUCCCACAGGUGUCUGUGGAUAAGAAGGUCUUUCUAAAGGGGACAGGAUUGAUUUCUGGCGUGGCAGCUGGACCUUUAGGGAAAAUGUCUUUAUCAGAGGCCAAGAAACAGAUGCUCAUGCCUGCGGAAAGUGCCGAUUUGCUACUGGAUGCUCAGGCUGCCACAGGACACAUCAUUGACCCUACAACCAAUCAGAAGCUAACAGUAGAGGAGGCAUGUGCCAGAAGAGUGGUGGAAAAUAGGGAUCGAGAUAGACUCCUGGCAGCAGAAGCCGCUGCUGUGGGUUACCGGGACCCAAGCACAGCUAAGCCUCUUUCAGUGUUUGAGGCAAUGAAAAAGGGAUUAAUUGACAGGAAGACUGGGCUACGCCUGCUGCAGGCCCAGGAGUCUGCCGGGGGCAUUCUAGAUCCCAAUCUCAGUGUUUUCCUCCCCAAAGACACGGCUAUAAAGCGUAACCUUUUGGAUGAGGACCUCCGUCAAGCUCUAAACCAGAGUCCUGGGUGCUACAUUGACCCAGACACUGAGCGUGAUACCAGCUAUGGGGCUUUAAAGAAGAGAAGCAAAACAGAGUCUCACACAGGCCUGAUACUUCUGCCAAUCACUGAGAAGGAAGACCCUUCCAAUCUGAUGUUUGAUGGAAUCCGUAAGCCAGUCUCAGCACAGCAGCUGUUUGAAUGUGGAGUCCUUGACAAGCCAACAUUUAAAGAUCUAGAAAAGGGGAAGAAAAAUGUCCCAGAGGUGUCUGUAGACAAAAAUGUUAAUCUGAAGGGAACUGGGCCUAUUGCUGGGAUCGUAGCUGGGAGUCAAGGCAAAAUGUCUUUGUCAGAAGCCAAGAAAAAGGCACUCCUGCCUGAAGAUAUUGCAGAUUUGCUACUGGAAGCCCAGGCUGCCACAGGUCACAUCAUUGACCCCAGAAACAAUCAGAAGCUGACAGUAGAUGAGGCAUGUGCCAGAGGAGUGGUGGAUAUUAAGGAUCGAGACAGAUUAUUGGAAGCUGAAGCUGCUGCUGUGGGAUACAAGGAUCCUAGCGGAGCCAAGCCUCUCUCAGUGUUUGAGGCCAUGAAGAAGGAACUAAUUGACAGGAAGACUGGGCUACGCCUGCUGCAGGCCCAGGAGUCUGUGGGAGGUAUUCUAGAUCCCAAUCUCAGUGUGUUCCUUCCCAAAGAUACAGCUAUUAAGCGCAACCUUUUGGAUGAAAACCUCCGUCAAGCUCUAAACCAGAGUCCUGAGUGUUAUCGUGACCCAGAAACUGAGCGUGAUGCCAGCUAUGGGGCAUUGAAGAAAAGAUGCAAGACAGAGCCUCACACAGGUCUGCUACUUUUGCCAAUCACUGAGAAGCUAGACCCUUCCAAACUGAUCUUUGAUGGUGUUCGUAAGCCAGUAACAGCACAGCAGUUGCUUGAUUGUGGGGUCCUGGACAAACCAACAUUUAACCAACUAAUGAAGGGAGAGAAAACUGUCCCACAGGUGUCUGUGGAUAAGAAGGUCUUUCUAAAGGGGACAGGAUUGAUUUCUGGCGUGGCAGCUGGACCUUUAGGGAAAAUGUCUUUAUCAGAGGCCAAGAAACAGAUGCUCAUGCCUGCGGAAAGUGCCGAUUUGCUACUGGAUGCUCAGGCUGCCACAGGACACAUCAUUGAUCCCACAACCAAUCAGAAGCUAACAGUAGAGGAGGCAUGUGCCAGAAGAAUGGUGGAAAAUAGGGAUCGAGAUAGACUCCUGGCAGCAGAAGCCGCUGCUGUGGGUUACCGGGACCCAAGCACAGCUAAGCCUCUUUCAGUGUUUGAGGCAAUGAAAAAGGGAUUAAUUGACAGGAAGACUGGGCUACGCCUGCUGCAGGCCCAGGAGUCUGCCGGGGGCAUUCUAGAUCCCAAUCUCAGUGUUUUCCUCCCCAAAGACACGGCUAUAAAGCGCAACCUUUUGGAUGAGGACCUCCGUCAAGCUCUAAACCAGAGUCCUGGGUGCUACAUUGACCCAGACACUGAACGUGAUACCAGCUAUGGGGCUUUAAAGAAGAGAAGCAAAACAGAGUCUCACACAGGCCUGAUACUUCUGCCAAUCAAUGAGAGGAAAGACCCUUCCAAACUGAUCUUUGAUGGUGUUCGUAAGCCAGUAACAGCACAGCAGUUGUUUGAAUGUGGAGUCCUUGACAAGCCAACAUUUGACCAACUAAUGAAGGGAGAGAAAACUGUCCCACAGGUGUCUGUGGAUAAGAAGGUCUUUCUAAAGGGGACAGGAUCAAUUUCUGGCGUGGCAGCUGGACCUUUAGGGAAAAUGUCUUUAUCAGAGGCCAAGAAACAGAUGCUCAUGCCUGCGGAAAGUGCCGAUUUGCUACUGGAUGCUCAGGCUGCCACAGGACACAUCAUUGACCCCACAACCAAUCAGAAGCUAACAAUAGAGGAGGCAUGUGCCAGAGGAGUAGUGGACAUUAGGGAUCGAGACAGAUUAUUGGCAGCAGAGGCUGCUGCUGUUGGCUUUAAGGAUCCUAGCGGAGCCAAGCCUCUCUCAGUGUUUGAGGCCAUGAAAAAGGGACUAAUUGACAGGAAGACUGGGCUACGCUUGCUGCAGGCCCAGGAGUCUGUGGGAGGUAUUCUAGAUCCCAAUCUCAGUGUGUUCCUCCCCAAAGACACAGCUGUAAAGCGCAACCUUUUGGAUGAGGAACUUUGUCAUGCUCUAAACCAGAGUCCUGAGUGUUACAUUGACCCAGACACCGAGCGUGAUACCAGCUAUGUGACUUUAAAGAAAAGAGGUAAAACUGAGUCUCAAACAGGCCUGAUACUUCUGCCAAUCACUGAGAAGAAAGACCCUUCCAGACUGAUGUUUGAUGGAAUCCGCAAGCCAGUCUCAGCACUGCAGUUGUUUGAAUGCGGAGUGCUUGAUAAGCCAACACUUAAUCAGCUAGUGAAAGGGGAGAAAACUGUCCCAGCCGUGUCUAUGGAAAAGAUGGUAUAUCUACAGGGGACUGGACCCAUUGCUGGGGUGGUAGCUGGACGUGAAGGAAAAAUGUCUUUCUCAGAAGCCAAGAAACAGAUGCUCCUGCCCUCAAAUAGCGCAUAUUUGCUACUAGAAGCCCAGGCUGCCACAGGCUACAUCAUUGACCCUAAAACUAAUCAGAAGCUGACCGUAGAGGAGGCAUGUGCCAGAGGAGUGGUGGACAUUAGGGAUCGAGACAGAUUGUUGGUAGCAGAGGCUGCUGCUGUUGGCUUUAAGGAUCCUCGCGGAGCCAAGCCUCUGUCAGUGUUUGAGGCCAUGAAAAAGGGACUAAUCGACAGGAAGACUGUGCUACGCCUGCUGCAGGCCCAGGAGUCUGUGGGAGGUAUUGUAGAUCCCAAUCUUAGCGUGUUCCUCCCCAAAGAUACAGCUAUAAAGCGCAACCUUUUGGAUGAGGACCUCCGUCAAGCUCUUAACCAGGGUCCUGAGUGUUACGUUGACCCAGAAACUGAAAAUGAUGCCAGCUAUGGGGCUUUGCAGGAAAGAUGCAAGACAGAGCCUCAAGCAAGCCUGAAACUUUUGCCAGUCUCUGAGAAGAAAGACCCUUCCAAACUACUCUUUGAUGGUGUCCGUAAGACUGUCACAGCACAACAGUUGCUUGAUUGUGGGGUCCUGGACAAACCAACAUUUAACAAACUAAUGAAGGGAGAGAAAACGGUCCCAGAUGUGUCCGUGGAUAAAAAGGUCUUUCUGAAGGGGACAGGGUCAAUUGCUGGUGUUGCAGCUGGACCUUUAGGGAAAAUGUCUUUUACAGAAGCCAAGAAACAGAAAAUUAUGUCCUCGGACAGCGCUGACAUGCUACUGGAAGCUCAGGCAGCCACUGGCAACAUCAUUGACCCCAGAACUAAUGAGAGAUUGACUGUAAAGGCAGCAUGUGCCAAAGGAGUAGUGGAUAAGGAGGAUGAAUCAAAGUUGUUCGCAGCUGAAGCUGCUGCUAUAGGUUACAGAGACCCAAAUACAGGCAAGCUCCUGUCGGCAGGCCAGGCCAUGAAGAAGGGAUUGAUUGACAAGGACACAGCUCUACGUAUACUUCAGGCUCAAGAGUCUGUAGGGGGUAUUUUAGACCCUGCCCUCAGUGUAUUCCUACCCAAAGACAUUGCAAAGGAUAGGGAUCUCAUAGAUGAGGACCUAUACCGGGGCCUGAAUCAAUAUCCUGAGUGUUAUUUGGACCCAGACACCCAACAAGCAACUACCUAUGUAUCUCUGAAGAAAAAAUGCAAAGCAGAUCCAAAAACAGGUCUUUUGCUUCUCCCUGAACCUAAAAAGCCAAUAACUGUACAGGGGCUCAGGGGUCAGGUGCCAGUCAGAGAUCUAGUGGAUGCAAACCUAUUAGACCGGUCAGAUAUGGACCAACUGAGAGAGGGCAGAUUGACGAGCCAGGACAUUGAAGACCGCCUGCACUCCUACCUGAGAGGUUCCACCUGCAUAGCAGGAGUUUAUGAUGAGGCCAGUGAUAAGGUGAUGCCCAUCUAUCAGGCCAUGAAAGAUGGACUGCUGCAAUCUGGGACCACACUGGAACUGCUUGAGGCCCAGGCUGCCUCAGGUUUUAUAGUUGAUCCUGUCAACAACCAUUACCUGACAGUUAGUGAUGCUUACAAUAAAAGACUGUUUGGGCCAGAGUUUAAGGACCAUCUGCUAUCAGCAGAGAGGGCUGUGACUGGUUACAAACUGCCUGGUACAGACAAGAUUAUUUCCCUCUUUCAGGCCAUAGAGAGAGGUCUAGUGGAGAAAGGUCAUGGCAUCCGUCUACUCGAGGCUCAGAUUGCCAGCGGUGGUAUCAUUGAUCCUGAACACAGCCAUCGGAUUGACGUGAACGUAGCCUACAAGAGAGGUUACUUUGAUGAAGAAAUGAACAAGGCCCUGACUGAUCAGAAUGUUGAUACCAAGGGUUUCUUUGACCCCAACACAGAGGAAACCCUAGCUUAUCUGGAGCUUAAGAAUCGCUGUAUCACAGAUAAGAAGACUGGCCUCAUCCUGUUGCCUAUCACUGACAAGAAAAGUCAAGAAUCGACUUCGAAGAACACUCUGAGAAAGAGGAGAGUGGUAAUUGUAGACCCGGAGACUAAUAAAGAGAUGACAGUACGUGUAGCAUAUGACAAGGGGUAUAUUGACUACGACACCUUUGUGGAGCUGUCCGAGCAGGAGUGUGAGUGGGAAGAGAUCACUAUCACUGCUCCAGAUGGUUCCAUCCGCUUUGUUAUCAUUGACAGGAAGACUGGAAGACAGUAUGACAUUAGCGAGCUGCUUGAAAUGCGAGUAAUCAACCAAUCAGAUGUAGAUAAUUACCGAUCACGUACCAUCACCCUUACUCAAUUUGCAGAUAUCAUCAGCAACAAGACCAAAUAUGGGUCAUCCUCAUUAUCAUCAUCAUCAUCAGCUUCAAGAUCAUCAGCAGCCGGAGGUACAUCUUCAGUGACAUCAUCAUCAACUUCAAGAACAUCAGCAUCCCCGGGUACAUCUUCAGUGAUAUCAUCAUCAACUUCAAGAACAUCAGCAUCACCGGGUACAUCUUCAGUGACAUCUUCAUCAACUUUAAGAACAUCAGCAGCCUCAGUUCCAUCGUCAGUGACAUCAUCAUUGUCAUCAUCAGUCCUGUCAAGACCCUUAUCAUCUUCUCUCUCAAAGAUGACCACAACAAGAACUUCCACUGUCACAGAGCGAAGCACCUCAACCUGCAGUGUACCUCGAGACUCAACUGACUCCCGUAGGAAUAUAUCCAGCAUAUCUGUCACUCUGUCCUCUCCUAUUGAAGUAAUAGAUGAACAGGAACCUGUGGGUGCCGUCUUUGACACAGACUGUAUCGAGAAGAUAUCCAUCACAGAGGCUCUAGAUCGUGGUCUGGUGGAUUCCAUCACUGCCCAGAGACUGCUGGAGGCUCAGGCUUGCACUGGAGGAAUAAUCAAUCCCACAAAUGGCCAUAGGCUCAGCAUCCAUGAGGCCACCCGCCUGGGCAUAAUAAGUGACAACAUGGGCCCAAAGCUCAAGCCUGCCCAGAAAGCCUUCUUUGGCUUUGAGGAUGUAAAAAACAAGAAGAAGUUAUCUGUUCCUCAGGCCAUGAAGGAGAGGUGGCUGCCAUAUGAGGCAGGGCAGAGGUUCCUAGAGUUCCAGUAUGUAACAGGAGGGAUUUAUGACCCAGAAAUGUGCUGUAGAAGAACCAUAGAUGAGGCUGUGGAAAUGAAGUGGCUGGAUUCGAGAGACGCCGAGAGGCUCCAAAACGUCAGAGACCACACAAAGAACCUGACGUGCCCCAAGAGCAAACUUAGGAUCUCUUACAAGCAGGCUCUGGAUAAUUGUCUGGUGGAGGAAAGCAAUGGGUUGAAAAUGCUCCAGGCAUCAUCUGUGUCUUCCAGAGGGAUCAGCAGUCCUUACAAUGUCUCCUCUGCCCCAGGGUCCACCACCGGCUCCAGGAGUGGCUCACGACGAAGCUCCCGCAGGAGCAGUGUGGACCUUGGAUCCCCCUCCUCCUCAGGAACUUAUCACCACAGUGUUUCUAGCUUCACCACCUACUCUGCAUCCUCCAAAUAAAUCAAGAAAAUGAUCUGCACAUUCAUGCUCUUUUCUUGCAAAUGAUUCCUUUUGUUAAAAAUAUACCGAUUGUUCAGAAAAUAACUUGUGUGUGUCGUAUAUGAGGAGAAAAAAAAAAUUAAGAUAAUGUUCUUAAACUUUUUGCAUAGUUUUAGAUUUCUGCUUUGGUGUUGCUAUGCUUUUAAAAUGCUAUAGUUCAAAUGUUCGAGAAAAUUAACACUUCCAAGAUAUUUUUUGUGGAAAUGAACUAAAGUAUUAAUGGCAGCCAUCUUAUGGUAUUUGGAAUGAAAAUAAUGAGGAUGUUAAUAUAAUUUUUGGUGCCCCUAAAAUAGGCUUAGAAAUGAUUACCAUAUUUUUGCAUACAAAAAAUAAGUUUUUCAAAAUCUUCAUGAAAUGUAAUUUCUUUUUAAGCUUUGCAUUGGUCACAUAAGGGUGCUAUGUUUACAUUUAUUUGUCAUCUGAAAUACAUGUUUUGUGAGGGGAGGGAUACAAGGUUUGGUUACAUAUAUUGGUUUAACUAUUUGUUUUCUACUGAAUCAGUUGUUAACUGUUGUUCUUUUGCUCUUUAGUGCUUCCGGUUUUGUAACAGUUUCUCAAUAUCUCCAAAUAAAAGCGGUUGAGUCUUUAGCUCA